AUGUCCUGGCUUUGGCGAGGCGACGACACUUCACCAGCCUCAUUCGAAAAGGCCUUGUCCAAGCUGUCAACGCAGAUCACCGCCGCAAACCUAUCUCUCGACACCAGAAGGACCCAAGCCCGGCGGAUAAAAGGCCUCUGGACAUUAUGGACUACCAUACUCUACCUACUAUAUGCUCUCGUUGUGAUACUGGUACCUACCCCAAAGGAUACACCACUUUCAUACUAUGCUGGUCUUCCCGCUGGUCCAGUCCUAAUUUACGGCGUCCGCAAAGUUCUCACCAUCGCCUUCGACUGGACCAUCAACCGCCGGCAAGCCCACGUCAACACUCUUCAGAAACAACGAGAAGGCAAGAUCGCCGACCUGAAGAAAGCAACCAAGUACGACAGCACGCAAGAACUACUGCAGAAGUACGGCGGCGCUCCACCCGAGGACACGGCGAAACGAGACACCAAGCAACAGAAGACAACGCCUCAGAAGCCCCAGCAAAGGACAGGCAUUGCACCUCCACCAACAGCUAACAUCCCCAGCCGAAGUCCGCCAUCCGCCCGACCACAAAUCCGCCCGUCUUCACCACAAGGGCCCCCGGGUUCUCCCACCAACUUCUCCCAAUCGCCUUCCGCGUUCGAACCUGACUCGCCAGGCUUCGCUCCCAAUGCCUUCUCCGGACCACCCUCCGCCUCCUCGUCAUACCAGACCAAGACAAACUGGUACGACCGCAUCCUGGACGUCAUGAUAGGCGAAGAUGAGACGGCCGCUAAGAACCGCCUCGCCUUGAUCUGCAGCAACUGUCGGCUGGUGAACGGUCUGGCACCUCCAGGCGCGAGAACACUCGAGGAAGUAGGAAGGUGGAGGUGCAGCAGCUGUGGCAGCGAAAAUGGCACCGAUCCGCGAAGGGCGGCGAGAGAGAUGGUAGAGCGAGUGAGGCGGACGGAGGGCGUAGCGGCCUCAUCGCCGACGGAGCACGUCCCUCCGGCUACUGCUGCUGGGACAGUGGGAGAUGACAGCGGGUGGGAGCAAGUCGCCCAAGGCGAUGACAAUGAGGAGAGGGAGGAUGAUGAGUUACGACCAGAGCCAAGAGAAGAAAUCAAGCUGAAGAGCCAGGAAGGCUCAACUGGUCGGCAAGCAUCCAACGGAGGUAGCGCGCCUACGAGUGCUACGAAAAGGGUGACUCGAAGUAUGGCAGCUGGUGACGAGGAAUAG